AUGAAGGUGCAAAAGAAAGGCACGCCAGGCGUUGGCAGGAACAAGAAGGCCAAGCCUGCAGCUACUUUAAACUCUGUAGAGGCUCUCAGGCUGAAGUGCCGCAUCGAAGCUGGCGAUCUUGACAGAGAAACGCUGCUGGAUUUGUUGAGCGCAGCACAGCAGGCCUGCGACUUAUAUGAUAAGGCAUGCAAGGGCAAGAAGGACAAUCCGAAUUGCCUCUGUGGCCUCAUCCCAGCACCAGGAAGCUCCAGGCGUAAAGGUCUUUGGCAGAAGGAGCCAGAUGCUCUUUUCAGCCUUGGAUCUAAUCCUUUGAACGACAAACGACAGAUGUCACCCCAGAGCAGCAGCAUACCAUCAGGGCUCAACAACCUCGGGAACACGUGUUACGUCAAUAGCGCUCUGCAGUGCCUGUUCAUGAUCCAAGCUUUCCGCGAGGGCCUCUUUGCUGUGGAUGAUCCCAUUGCGGAUCUGCCCGUCAUUUCACACAUCAGGUAUGCUGCAGAUGGACAGGAGUUCUUCAAAUUGCUGCUGAACUUGCUUGAGGCAAAGCUGGCGAAGUCGAGCAUUCCGGGUGUGAGGGACGUGGUGCCAACGCUCUUUCGGGGACGCUACUUCUACGAGACAAAGUGUCUGUCUUGUGGACAGCUGUCAGAGGGAUCAGGCAGGGCCACAAACUUCUACGAGCUGGAUGCCCAAGCAACGCUGUUGGGAGCAGAGCACAUGGAGGGAGACAAUCAAUUUUUCUGCACACUCUGCCACAAGAAAACAGAUGCCCAGCGGCAGAUGAAGCUGGUGUCAACGCCACCAUACCUCUGCCUGUCCCUGCAGCGCUUUGUCUUCGACAUGAAGAAAAUGGCAAAGGUGAAAGCCAGCGACAAGCUAUCUUUCCCGCUGAAGCUGGAUCUGGCUCCCCUCCUGGGCACAGAUGGGCCGAGCCAGUUGCGAGGCAGUCCCCAGAGGGAGACCCAGUAUGAGCUCAUGUCCAUCCUCAUCCACAAGGGCUCCAGCGCAAGCCAUGGCCAUUACGUUGCGCAUGUGUGGGAUGAGGAGGCAGAGAAGUGGUGGCGCUUUGAUGACGAGACAGUGGCCGAGAUGCCUAAGGGGCCUGUUGGCGAACGCGGCGAUCAUGGCGUUGCCGCUGAGAAGAAGGCAAGCCCCACUGCGUCUCAAUUCUUCCCGCUCGUUCACCUUGAUGGCGGGGCUCCUAGCACGAAGGGCAAGCGCAAGGUGAGCGCGGCGGCGGCUGAGGAGAAUGAGGUGGAGGUUGUGGGGGUGGUGAGGAGGCAGGGAACGCCUGAUGAUCCCAUGGUGCUGGAUGCUGACCCGGAGCCCGCUGAUGUCAGCACGCCGCCAAACCAGGCGGCCGAGGAGACUCAGCAGGACCGCAUCGCAUCGGCCAACGCCUACAUGCUCGUCUACCGGCGCCAGAGCCACCACGGCGGCGCCAGAAGGAUAGAGCUGCCUGCCAAGCUGAAUGCGCUUAUGGCGGAGGAGCGUGCUGCUUUUGAGACGUCAUGCGCUAAGUACGAGGCCAAGAAGGAGGAGCUGAUGGAGAAGGUGCAGCGGCAGCAGGCCUCUGUGCGCCAGAUACUGGAGUCUGCACUUCUGCCAGGCCCCGAGUGGGAAAGCAGGUGGGUCUCAGCGGAUUGGCUGAAGCAGUGGGCAGAUCAGGGCUCCACCGAGCCUGUGAAGAAUGACCCUCUCCUGUGCUCUCACGGCAAGCUGGACCCUGCCAAGAAGACAGAGGGGAAGAGGAUCACGGCGGAGGCGUGGGGCCGGCUGCAGGAGGAGGUCGGGGGCGGCCCGGAGCUGUCCGACGGCGAUGCCUGCUGGCAGUGUCUGGCUGUGAGCCUGCAGGGGCUUGUGGACGCGCAGCAGGGCUCCAUGGAGCGCGACAGCGUGCUGCAGAUCGUCAACGCACUCGCCGAGGAGGUCGAGGGGCACUCGCGCCAGCCGCAGCCCGACGACUUCUACGUGUCCAAGUCCUGGCUCUUGGGCUGGAGGCGACGGGCGAAGAGCACCGUGAACACCAUGUCUCCCACGCAGAGCAUCACCUGCAAGCACGGCGGCCUGCUGCCGGAGGUGGCCGGCCCCAAGGCCAAGCGCAUCGCUGUGCCCUCCUUUGUGUGGCAGCACCUGCGCAGCAGCUGGCGCCCCGCUGACUCAGCCGCGCCUGCCAAAACUGGCUCGUCAGGCUCAGACGCCUCUGAUCAGAGGGCACAGCAGCUGGACGAGCGCGAAGCAGCAGUGGCAGCCCGGGAGCAGAGGGUUGGCGGCGGCAUGGAUUCAGAGCUCCUGGCUGAGACGCUGCAGGCGAUGCCAAACGGGCACGGAAAGGCAGGAAGCAGAGAGGGAAGUCAGGAGCGGCUGGCGGCUCGCGAGGCCAUCUUGGAAAUGAGGGAAGCUGCUGUGGCAGCCAAGGAGGCAGCUGUACUCGGCGCUGAAGGGGGUGAUACACUCUCAAAUGCGCCUGGCCCAACCGAUGGCAUGUCGCACGACAACAGGCCUGGUGGUCCACAGGAAGCCUGCCAAAACGGGGACGGAGCAGCCGCCGGCCGCGAGCACCAGGACACAGACAUGGCUGAUGCAGGUGCAGCAGACACCGCAAAGCGAAAAGUGGAGCCCGCCAGCAAUGGUUAUGCAGCAGAGCAGAUUGACCUGUGUGGCGACGAGGAGGAUGCUCCUGAGAAGGCUGAGCCAGGGUGUUCAGCCCAUCAAGAGAUGCGGGAGUUCAGGGUGUCAGAUGCGAACAUCUGCCCUAUCUGCAUGGUUGAGCUGAACGCCGACGCCAGCACCGGCCAGCACUUGAAGGAGCAGGCGGGGGCGCAGAGGAACGUGCUGGCCCAGCUGGCAGCCAGCACCUCGCUGCAUCUGGAGCCGGGCGGCAGCUACUGCCUGGUGCCACGGCCCUGGCUGGCCGCCUGGCGCGCCUUCCUCGGCACCUCCGGCCGGCGCGGCAGCGACGCCGGGCAGCCGCCGCCGCCGGUGCCGAGCGCCGUCGCAGAGGUGUUCUGCACCUGCCACCCUGCCGACGACAAGUGUCCCGGCUGCCUCAGCGUGACGCCUCCUGCCGUCGUCAAGAGGCGAGGGAGGUGGGCUCAGGCCAGCCUGGAGACUGACGCCUUCGAAGUGAUCAACUUGGCUGACUGGGAACACCUGAUGGCCUUCUAUGGCGAUGACCGCACCCUCAGCGAGGCCCACCCCGCACGCAGGCCCAUCAGGGCGACCCUGGUUGUGGACCCGUCAGCGCCAGUGAAGGCAGCAGAGCCGGCUGAGGGAGGCGCUGAGGCCCAGGAAGAUGACGGUGCGGCAGCUGAGGCAAAGAAGCCGUCGGCUCGCGGCACAGACGAGUCUGCGCGCGCCCACCUCGCCACAGACCCCGACUGGUGCCGCCAGGCAGUGCAGGAGCGCGAGGAUGCGCUGCGGGUGGAGCAGCUGACCUACACGGACGCCACCUUCCAUGUGGAGCUCGUGCAGCAGUCGGACGUCACUGGGUCAGCCACGGCCUUCACUGUGUUGGGCGAGCGACGGUCGAAGCGCGUGCGGCGGGGCAAGGCGGCGGUGACGGUGAGCGCGCUCAACACGCUGUGGGACCUUAAGCUGCGCAUCCUGGAGGCCCUCAGCGUGCACCCCAGAAACGCCGACGUGUACUGCCUCGCGCACAGCAAAUGGACCAAACUCGACAACGACGAGGCCAGCCUGGCCGAGCUGGGGGUGGGGCAAGGGCAGGGCAUCCGGGUGGUGCAUGCUGGCGUGGUGAGCGAUGAUGACCUUACCGGAGUCCUGGGCGGCCCAGUCGAGGCAAACAGCUCCGCACGGGCGGCCGAGCGUGGAUUUGCCGGCACUGGUCUGGUGGGCCUGUGA